AGAGGUUACAAAACUAACAACGAGCGUUUUUUUCUUCCUUCUACGCUCAACUUCUGAACACAUCAGACGUCUCCCGAAUUUUAUUCUGUGUUAGUUAGAUUCUCCCGUCCGGGUCCGUCUAGUUGGUUCAUUUCCUAGAUUAUCGUACCACAGUUUUUACUAUCGUUCACUAAUGUUUUGCUAAUUUAAGUCAGCUAAUUGUAAGUUAAAAGUAGAGUCAGUGCCCUGCGUUCCGUUGCGUUCAGAUAAAAUGGCGUACAACUUUACUUCGAGAUCCACCUGCAAUGCUGACUUCCUGGGGCCGAGCUUGGCAGAUAUUUGUAGCGGAUCUUCCUUCGUUUUGUUCAUGUCACUUCUAAACACAUUCGUACGCGAUAAAAAUAAAAUAUCUGGGAUAUGCGAGCGCAUAAAGCCGAUCGAAAGACCGGAUCCUGAGUACGACUUCGUCGUAAUUGGUGGUGGUGCUGCCGGUUCCGUAGUGGCUUCAAGACUUAGUGAAAUUUCAAAUUGGAAAGUUUUACUAAUCGAGGCUGGUCCUGACGAGCCUACAGCUGCGGAAAUCCCUAGUUUCUUCAAUGACGAUCUCAUCAGCUGGGGCUACCAGACGACGAACGAGAGCCACGCCUGUCUUUCCACGAAUGGUUCGUGCUCUUUUUGAUCCGCGAAAGCUCUUGGCGGAAAUACGGUGCACAAUGGUAUGGUGUAUCUGCGAGGAAACCCUACGGACUACAACAACUGGGCUGCUCUUGGUAACGAGGGUUGGUCAUGGAACGAAGUUAAACCAUUCUUUCUAAAAGCAGAGAACAACAGUGAAAUACACAGAGUGGGAAGAUUUUGGCACGCCACGGGAGGACCGCUCACGGUUGGAAGGUUUCCGUAUCAACCUCCCAUCACAUAUUCGGUCCUCGCUGCGGCUAAAGAAGCAGGCUUUGGCGUCAGUCACGAUUUGAAUGGGGAUGACCUCACUGGUUUCAGUAUAGUCCAAACCACGAACAAACACGGAGUCAGACGCAGCAGUGCCAGGGCUUAUCUAUGGCCGGCCAGACACCGUAGGAACCUCCACGUGUCCUUGAACUCCACCUGCACCAGAAUCAUAAUUGAAAAUGGAGCAGCAGUCGGCGUCGAGUACUACCAGAAUGGCGAGUUCAAGACGGUUCAUGCAUCGCGGGAAGUGAUUCUCUCCGCCAGCAGUAUCAAAUCACCGCAUGUUUUGCUUCUCUCCGGUGUUGGACCUCAAAAUCACCUCAAGUCCAUGGGGGUCGAAGUGGUGAAGAAUCUGCCUGGCGUUGGAGAGAAUUAUCACGACCACUUAUAUUACCAAGUCACCUUCACGGUCAACGAAGCUGAUAUCUAUGACAAUAACUGGGCUGCGGCCAGUGAGUAUCUCGCUUUUCAGACUGGUCCUUUGUCGGCUACUGGACUGAAUCAGGUACUGGGUGUGAUUUCGUCUCCCGCGACGAUGCCUGACUAUCCCGAUACCCAGAUCCAAUGCGCAGGAUAUGUCCCGUCCUGCGCACCAGGAGAGAUUGGCGCUCUUCAGAGCACCGGACGACGCGUCGUGGCCUUUUUGUCAGGAUGGGAACAUCCCAAGAGCAGAGGUAGAAUCAGUUUGGCGUCAAAGAACCCUUUUCAAUAUCCAGUCAUCUGGGGAAACUUUCUGGACAAUUCUGACGAUGUCGCCGGCCUAGUUCGAGGCAUAAAUUUCAUACUAGCCUUGGCCGAGACGAAGGCAUUGAAAGCCCACAACUUAACUCUGUCCAAUACGCCUUUAGAGGCGUGCUCCGAUCAUCUGUUUCCCAGCGAUGAGUAUUGGGAAUGUGCCGUUCAUCAGAAUAUGCUCCCCCAAUCUCACAACGUCGGUUCUUGCAAAAUGGGUCCUCCCUCCGAUCCCAUGGCAGUUGUCGAUCCCCAGUUACGAGUCUACGGAAUAAAGGGACUUCGCAUUGCUGAUGCUUCUAUAAUGCCUCAGGUGAUAUCUGCUAACACUGCAGCUGCGACCAUGAUGAUUGGGGAGCGAGCAGCCCACUUUAUAAAGACAUAUUGGGGCGGACAUUAAGGGAUUUUUUAAUGGGGAUGGAGAAGAGAAGAAAAUUAACGUCUCGUCGUUUUCAUGGGGUCUUGAAAUGUGUACAAAACAUACCACAGCAGGGUUUCGCUGAUCAUCGCUGCCUGGAAGUCAUUAGCUAUAUUUCAGGUGAAGGGAUGAUUAAUGGAGUAAAUUGUGAGACGCGACAUCGUGUUUUGAUCGCUUCCGAAAAUGUUAACGCUCCAAGUGGUCUAGCAAUAUAUGUAUAAUAUAAUAUAUGUAUAAUAUUGUUCAACUUACCAGUGCACAUUCGAUCUAAUAGACAACACACAAUCGUUUCAUUUUUUACCUCUUGGCAUGACAUGGUCUUUCCCUCUAGAAAUUUAUCUUCAGGAUAAACGAUUGACAGAAUCAGCAGACAGCCGUGAAAUCUAUUGUUUCUCCAGAGAUUUGAAAGUACCGUAUUCGUCAAAACCAAUUGGUGUAUUUGGUAGGCGAAAACAAAGUUCCACAUUAUCUGAACCGCUUCUUGGCAAUGCCAAACUUUCCAGUAAAUUACCUAUCCUUAACGGUAGUUCUUCUACGUUAAAAACUGUAAUUUCCAACAAUCAUCAGAUAUCUGAUUGUGAGAAAAGUAGAGAAAGUUGUUACAAUUUAGACGUGAAUACGAACCUGAUAAAUUUCGAAAAUGCUUCUCUGCAGAAAAGUGUUCCCAUGAAAACUAAAUGUAAGUCCCUCGACUAUUUAUCUUGCUGUGUCGAUAACAAAGCUUCAAGUCUGUAUGUAGAUAAAUCUAACGAACUUUUAACUUAUGCAGAAGGAAAAAAGGCAGUAAAAAGAAUGAACGACACUUUGCAAAGCGUAGAAAAACAGCUGUAUGAUGAGAUACGCAAUACUCUAACAGACUCUGAUUCAACUUUUAAAGAAACUGUAAAACUUUUGUCUUGCUCGUACACAGUAUCCAUUAGCGCCAAAUCUCCUUUUAUGAUAUUUAAUUGUAAAUCUAACUCUGAGUGUACCGAUCAAAGUAUCAGAAUCGGGUGCUUGGCCAAAUUGCUGCAGAAUCGCAUAGAAUAUAUGGAAAAAAGUAUUCAGAUACUUUGAUAGGUACCUGAGUUUGUAUCAAUGAUAUUUUUUUUAUCCAUUAUCGAUAUUUUUUUCUACUGUUUUUUUUAAAUACUAUCGUUAAUGCUUUUAUUUGAAUUUCAGUCGACAAAUAAUAUUGACAGUUGGCAGGCAUGCAUCUGUUUAAUUAUAUGAUACAGUACAGAUUAUAGGUAGUAUUUGUACUAUUUUUUAUGUUUCUUUGCGCUCCUUUCUUUAAGAUAAUGCUAUAUUGUGAUAUUAAGAAAAAGAUAUUUCUGUAAAAAUAUUCAACCAGAGGACUUUCAAAAUUAUAAACGUUACGUACUCAGCGAAUUUCCGUUUCCUUAUCUUUGUACAUGUAGCAUGUUUUUAGACAAUAAGCAUGGAAAAUUGCAUACCCUUUUGUUACUAAUUUGUAUUAUUAUUCAAGUACAUAUAAGUAUUUCCACUCUGAUCAAAUAUUUUUAAUGAUAGAUGACGGGAAAUUUUAUUAUCCAGUUUGCAAUCAAGUAAUGAUAAUUAAGAUUUCUUACGUGCCUUGAAGCACUUCCAGUAAAAUAAUAAGUGACGAACAUUGAACCGCGAGUCGGUGAAAAUCGAAUAUGAUAAACAGUUGAACAAAACCUUUAAGGUUCAGGGUAAUCAAAAAUAUUCUGUUAAAACACAUACAAUACAAUUAUAUAUGCCCGCAUAGCACAUUCGUGUGAUAAUUUAUUUUUUUUUUUCUUAAAAA